CACCAAACCGCCGAUCUUGGGCCUUGUACUCGGGCGUGGCAUAAGCGUACGGAGUCAUGCUUCCAGACUGCUGCCCCCGUAUCAACAGGUCAACGACAAGGCAAAAACAACCGUCACCCAAACUACAUCUACCGAUAGAAAAAUAAAGAAUAAACAUGGGAAACGAACAGAGUCACAGAUCUGAAAAUAGUGGGGAGGUCACACGCUACCGCGACACCAUAAACUUCGAAAACAACCAGAGCAGCAGAGGGAAUUUAGCGGGUUCAUACGGUAACGCAGACGCGCGAGUCAUCAACAACGGCACAGGCGCGUUUGCAGUAGCCAAAGGGAAAAGCGGGCAUGCGGGUGCGUAUACAGAUGGCCGUGAUAUCCGGCUCGAGGCUUCAGGCAAUGGAAGAGCGGGCGUAGAUGGCGGGUUGGCUUGGGCACAGGCUGGGGAUGGGAAUGUUGCUGUGGCGUUUAGCAACGCGGCGCAGGAGAGGCAUAGGGCAUUGCCUGCGGCGGAGAGGCAGUCGGGUAAGACCUGUAAGUGUGAGGAUGCGAAGUGUAGGAGGAAUAGUUGUCGUUGUCCGUGUCACUUGGUGAGACAGAAAGCUUUGGGGUACUAGAGAUUUUCGUUUAUCAUCAUCUGAUGAGCCGUCCAUCCUUUGGUUUGGGUAGAAGCACGUAUCAGAAUAGCAUCAUAUUGAUUGCGACGAGAACGCAAGGGAUAAGGAUGACAUAACGGCCUUCAAUGAAAUAACCAUAUUUUGAUAUUCUAUAAUACAGUUUCCCUACAAAUUCUGGCACGUUCUCUGA